GUAUCACUGGCAGUUUGACCGUUGAUACGGCGGCUAUUAAAAUUUUUUUGUUUGACCACUGACCCAUGGACGAAAUAAUAAAUCUACUUCGGGUUUUAAAUCUAUAAUAAUAUAAGUAAAUAUACAAUGUUUGGCAAGUGUUUCACCAAGAAAACAGACGAGUCAACGUCGUUUUAAAAAUUAACGUCAAAAGUAACAGUUUUAAAUAACCUUGAAGCAUUUAGCGGUUCUGCAUGAGUUCAGUAUAAACAAAUAAUUCAGCCACGUCGUUGAUCAGCGGGUUAUUUAUUUUACACAGAAAAAUAUUUUUUCGGAAACCAGGUCAAGAUUUUUCUGAGUCAAGAGUUUGUCGGACAGAGAUUUUUAUUUUAGAUGAUAAAAUUGAGGUUUUAAAAAAUAUCCCAGGAAAUCAGUUUCCUAAGAAAUUUAAAUGCAACUUUUGACAUCUGGAUGAUGUACAGUAUAAAAAAUAACAUAAAUUUGAUGUAAAAUUAAAGCUGAUACUUUACAUAGUUUAUAUGUAAUUUUAUUUGAGGGAGAGACUCGAAAAUUUAAAUGAAAUUUUUUAUGUACACGAGGUCAAAUGUUUCAUUAAUUUUUGAAUUAAAAUGUUGAUGAUCUACAGCUUAUUGAAGUCAAUUGUUGGGAUAUUUUUUUGAAUUAAAAAUAUUUACGUUCAGUCGAGAAUUUUUUUUUUCUGUGUAAUAAUUUCUUGUCCAUUGAAUUCAUUUUGGUAAAAUUUAUUUUUCCUAUCAAUACAUUGUCUCAUAUAUAUAUUGUCUUAUAUAUAUUGUAUUGUCUAGUAUCACAAAGGUAGACUGUAACUCAUAUUUAGAUCACACAGUUACUGCUGAUACAAUACAAUUACUCUAGUAGUUGUGCUGGUAACUAUUAAUAAAAAAAAAAAAGGUUAUUGUUGCUCAGCAAAUAUCAAUAUUGAUCUUUCAGUAGUAUAUAUUUUGCUGUAGUUAUUAGUACUUGGAAUUCUGUGUCAACUUAUCAAGACAUUAAUGAGACCGAAAAAUGGCGCUGCUGAAAAUGAGUUCCAAGAAAUGGUUGACGUCCGGAUACCCAUCACUUUUACCGGACGACAGACCGAUCACUGCCAUAGGUGUCGUUGAGGACAUAGACAAAUGUCCGCCUAAUUUUACUGUGAUAUCCAAGACGUACGAUCAAGAUAUCGACGCUGACCUUUGGCGAGAAAGUGGACUGUUUAUAAAAAAGAAAGGUCGUUAUAUUUGUCACUCUAAAACAGAAGGAGUUCCUAAUUACGUUGUGCAAGAAAUAAACGUCAUUAAUGAACGAGAGUUUCCUAAAGAUGGAUUCAGUAUGAUACCUCAGACUCUGGACACAGACCAGAAAGCUUGGAGGAAAAAGCAGGUGUGCUACAAACUGCAGAAUAAAGACUUGUGUUCAGUUGCUGUGACGGACAUUAUCGUGUGUAGCCGAAUAAAAAAGGCUCCGUCUGGUUUCACAUAUGCUGGCGAGGUCAAUGGAGUUAUUAUCUGUUACAAACUUAGCGCGUUAAUAAACGGCGAUGCCAGCUCACAAUCUUAUGAAAAUAUCAAUAUCUUACAAAGCGUAUCACCAAAUCCAUCAAACGGAGUACCGCACAGAGCAGCACCAGAACGGCCGCCAAAGCCAAAGUUUUCACCUAAGCCUCAAAAUGGUGGCAGCGUUUACCCUCAGAUUCAAAUAACCGGUAACGCUGCUACGAAAAAAGAAGUUGAUGAAACGAACGACCGUGACUACGAAGUGUUGAGCCCCCAAGCAAGGAUCAACAAACCAACAAGACCAGCUCCUCAACCCCCGUCUUCCCACACUAGUAAUAAUACCAGCUGUUCAUCUGUACCACUCUAUGGCACUCUGCCAGGGUCCUCUGACUUGGAUGGAGUUCCCUUUGUACUGAAUCCUCUUCUGACUGUUGACACUGACCCCGUAUUUACACUUCCUGUGAUUAAAGCACGGACUCGUUUAGAAUUAGACCAAGAGUAUUACUACGACUUCCGCGCUGAAAAGGAAACUUAAAUAUAAAUAAUAAAUAAUAUAAUAUAAUAAUAAUCAUAUUCUAAAAAUGUCAUCGUGCCAAACGAGAAUUGUACCGAGUACCAUAUUACCGUUAAUUAAUGCAGCUGCUAUAUCCGAGAGUUUUGUAUCGACAUAUAGCGUAGCCAUGUGUACUAGAGUGCCUGAACGAGUGAAUUGUAUGUUAUAAUAAUAAUAAUAAUAAUAAUAAUAAUAAUAAUAAUCUUAUUAUCAAGCAAGCAAACAAGCAAACAAACGAACAAAAACAAGAAAAAAAAACAAUACAGAACACAGACAUCUGGAUAUACGUAAUGGGUUUUAUCUCAAUGGUUUUCCUCCAUUAUUGAAGAUCUUUUUUAAAUCUACGUUGUGUCUAUUUCGUCAUAUCUUCCAUUUAAGAUUUUUAUACCGAUAAUUAAUAUAAUUAGUAUUGUAUUUUUAUAGACUUUCGUUGUAUUUUUAUAUAGUUAUUAGACAUUUAUAUUAUAAUUGUAUCAUAUGUACUAGUUGCUUAAAACAAAUAUUUAAUUAUUGAUUAAUUAAUUAGUUAUUACUACUAUUAUUUUAUAUAAUUGCACUAUCGUUUUUAUUACAGACAUCACUGCAGUUUGAAAAAUAUGAGACUUUAUUAA